CCUGGAGCAAUGCCCGAAUAAUUUGACAGCACAAUUUUGGAGGUUGUUUUUAAGACGAUUUAAAGACUUGAACGCGAUGCAGAACGUGAUUAACACCGUGAAAGGCACGGCUCUCGGCGUGGCGGAGCUGUUUACGCCCGUGCUAAAGGAAUCAAAAUUUAAAGAGACUGGAGUCAUUACACCAGAAGAGUUCAUUGCAGCUGGAGAUCACUUGGUGCAUCACUGUCCCACGUGGAAAUGGGCAUCAGGAGAAGAAAGCAAAGUAAAGCCUUACCUGCUCCCGGACAAACAGUUCCUCCUGACACGCAAUGUUCCCUGUUAUAAGCGCUGCAAACAGAUGGAGUACUCGGAUGAACUAGAGGCUAUCAUAGAAGAAGAUGAUGGCGAUGGGGGCUGGGUGGACACUUACCACAAUGCUAGUACAUUAGGGGUCACUGAUGCUGUACGGGAAAUUUCUCUGGAUAAUAGUAAGGACAAGAACAUGAACGCCACAUCCCCUUGUUGUGACAAUGACGAUGAAGACGACGAUGAAGAGGGAGAAGCAGCAGACAUGGAAGAAUAUGAAGAAAGUGGCUUAUUGGAAACAGAUGAGGCAACGCUGGACACAAGUAAAAUGGUGGAAACAAAGCCCAAAUCAGAACCAGGGAGUGAAGACGCCAUCCUCCAAACCCGCACUUAUGACCUGUACAUCACAUACGACAAGUACUACCAGACCCCGCGGCUCUGGCUCUUCGGGUAUGAUGAGGACCGACAGCCCCUCACAGUGGAGCAGAUGUACGAGGACAUCAGCCAGGACCAUGUGAAGAAGACCGUGACCAUAGAGAACCACCCCCACCUCCCCCCACCCGCCAUGUGCUCCGUACACCCCUGCAGACACGCAGAAGUGAUGAAAAAAAUCAUCGAGACAGUGGCAGAAGGAGGAGGAGAGCUCGGGGUCCAUAUGUACCUUUUAAUUUUCCUAAAGUUUGUGCAGGCUGUCAUUCCAACAAUAGAAUACGACUACACGAGACACUUCACCAUGUAGCUCCUAAACUGUCGGCUUAUCUGUCAACACACACGAACAUCUCAUCAUUCUUCCCAAGGUCCGUCUCUGUGUGCAAAUUACAUAAUAAAUCCCGCUACUGUACAAACUCAUAACUGAAUGUUAGCUGCUAAAAUUGCAUUACAUUUACAGUGAUAUUGGAAGUUUUAUUUAUAAACGUGAGCUUUGUGAACUUAAAACUCACCUAUUUACAUAGCUUCACUGUUUAAAACUAUAUUUGGGAAAUCUAUUAAAUAUAGGUACCAUUGUGGCAACACCUAGUUAGAUUCUUGAAAAACUGCAUAUUUAUUUUUUCAGAAUGUAAACGAUGUGUUAUGUAUUUAUCAAGUAAUUAUGCUGUUUUCGUAUUCAAAGUAGGGUUGUAUGUUCUGAAAUUGGACCAUAGAUCUAAAACCGAAUUGUGAGCUUUGGAAUUAUGAAAGUUAAACUUAAAGAGGAAACAAAGGUAGAAGUUCAAAUUCAAAAGACCUCAUGAAUUAUCUUAAUAAAUUCAUAGAUUUGAUUCUCUGUUUGAAAAUACCUUCCAUAAAAAAUAUUCUAGCUAAUGCAUGAACAACCUACAAACUGUAUUUUGUGUAUUAAUUCAAAUUAUUGCAAUUAUAGCAGAUCUCCACACUAACAAAACAGAAAUGAACCUAAAGCGGACAGUAUUUGCAAUAUUUUAUUAUAUUAAAACUCCCAUUUGAUCCAAAUACGGUUGCUGUAGUUUGCUUUGAAACAGUCUCAGUGUAGGCCUGUUAACAGUGCAGUGCAGUGGGCUCUCCUGUGUCAUUCUUGGACCACCGUCUUGUCUUAACCUCUGUUUGAAUGUCUGAAUUGCAGUCAGGGGGACUUUUUCAUGAUGUGGAUUUACUUUGCAGCUUGUGUCAGAAAUGGAUAUCUUUAACAUGUUCAUCUUGUUUUAUUCUCAAACAUCUGGGUGUAUCUACUAUCGAAAUAAAUGAUAAUAGAAGAGAUAUGUGAA